AAUGGAUAAUUCCUUUUCCUGUUGCUUUAAAAAUGGAAUUGAAAAUCAUAACUUUGCUGGAUCUCUUUCCUCUUUAUUUUCCGCGGAAAUUUUUAAGAUCUCUUUAGGCAGCGUCCGUGCCUUUUCGAUCUAUCGAACCCGAGGUCGAUCGCGUCGGAGCAAAUGGUGGCCGCGUAGUGGCAGUGGCACGUAGUACGUAGUGAGUAGCGACUGGUUGCAUUGUGUUUUUCGCGGAGUAGAUUGUAAAUUACCUCUCCAAUCAUCUCUCAAUGGCAGUUUCGAACGAUGACAUGAUGAUGAAUAACAUGGCUCACGCGGAGCGAAUCGUGGGCGACGAGUGCCGUAUCUGUCUCAAGUCCUGCAUGGACUCGUGUCAGGUGUUCCAUAACGGAAUACCGGAGAAGAUGAUGGCAAUCGCCGCCGUGCAGGUGGAGGAGGGAGAUGGUCUUCCAGCUUCUAUUUGUUUAUCUUGCAACCGUUUGCUCGAUAUGUCCUACGACUUUAAAUGCCAGAUUCAAGAUUCCGAUGUGAAGCUACGUCAGAUCCUGAAGUCACAGGUUCAAUCUAUGCUGGAUGACAAGCAUGCAAAGGAUGUUAAAACAAUGAUGAAACAUAUAAUUACGAAUUUAUCCAAUGUAGACUCCUGUGAAAAAGAUAAUCGUGUCAUGGAGCAGAAAAUCUAUUCACACCAUGAUAUUGUUACAUUAGAUAAUACCACUAUUCAGUCUGAUGAGAUAAUUAACAACGAAUCUUGUAUACAUAACGAGUUUAUACAAAAGACGGAGGAAAUUACAGAACCAAAUGGAAAAGAUGCGCAAUACAUUGUGCUCAAACAGAAUAUGCAUAGCACUGAAAUAGUAGAAGUAGCCUUAUGUCACGAGGCACACAUGGAUAAUAUGCUCAACAAUCAAUCAAAUCGAUUGUGUAGUUCGACAAUGGAUGAUAGAUGCAUCAAGCAGGAACAAUUAAUAUUACAUGAGGAUAACGAGACACCAGAAAGUUUAACGGACGAAAAUAGAAAAGAUACAUUAAAGAUCGAAGUUAAGAAUGAUAUGUCGUUCGAGGAUUUCAAUGAUCACGAUGUUUCAAAGCAGACUGCAAUAUUAGAAACAGACAACCAAGAUAUGAAAAACGUUAUGAACUGCAGUGACGAUGAGGAGAAGCCACUGAUAAGUAGGACAAUCAGAUGUCAUCACAGAUGUAUAAUUUGCAUGAGAUCGUUUUCGACAAAAGGGGCGUUACAGCGACAUAUGAUCGUACACAAACACAAACAUAAACAUAAGACGAAACUGCGUUAUGUGUGUUAUGUAUGUGAUAAGCAAUUCUCGAGCAUUGCUAAGUUGAAGAGUCACGUGCUUAACAAUCAUACGACGGAUGGUAAAACGUCACAAGAAACUAACGAAGAUAAAAAAGUUAAAACAUCGGCAAAAGUUACUAGAAGCGGCAACGUGUUGGACGGCACGAGAGAGGAGAAAAAAAAUUUUAAGUUUACAUGCAAGGUUUGCUCAAAGCAAUUCAUAUAUCAAAAGUCCUUUUUAUCUCAUGCCAAAAGUCAUCCCGAAUACAAUGAGGAGAUUUCGGGUGGCGGAGUCGAUCAAUACGCAAAUAAGACAACGAAUGAGCAGAAAGAGAGAACACCUACGUUCAGAGAAAAUGAAUCCGAAGAAGAGGAGGAAGAAGAGGACGAUGACGACAGUGAUUUGCCGAUCGAAAGUCUACAAUGCACGCAGUGCGGUAAGCUUUUCGCUACAAAGAGGAACCUGAAAAGGCACAUCUCGACGCAUAGUGGCUUGAAAUUCAACUGCUCGACCUGCGGGAAAGGAUUCUCAAGGGUUGACAAGCUGAAAGAUCACGAACAAUCAAAGCAUAAGGAGGAAAUAUUCGGCAACACUGACGACGAGGAUGAUGACGAUGAGGAUAAUGAGAACAAAGUCAAUGAAAAUUCCGAGAGUCGGAAGAAGGACCGACACAAUAGGCCGCACAAAUGUGCGCUCUGUCCGAAAGCCUUCGCGCAAGCUCAAUCUCUGGCGAACCAUGUGGAGAGGCAUAAACGGGUGAAGGACACGCAGAAGCGAUUUCUUUGCGAGAAGUGCAGCAAGUGCUUUGCCCAGAGCGGUUCACUAGUGGCGCAUAUGCGGACACACACCGGCAUCAAGCCGUACGUGUGCAACACAUGCAGCCGCGCUUUCACCAAGAGCACAUAUUUACAACUGCAUUUGAGAACCCACAGCGGUGAGAAACCGUACAUCUGCCAAUACUGUAGCAGAGCGUUCGCCCGAGCCAACACCCUGGCGCGACACAUCACCAUGCAUACCGGUGAGGCCAAGUAUCAUUGCAAUGUCUGCGCCAAGUCUUUCCGACGAUUGACCUCGCUGAAUGAGCACACGUACACGCAUACCGGUCAGCGACCGUACGUGUGCAAACUUUGCACCAAAAGCUACAACAAUGCCGGAUCAUUGUACGCCCACACGAAGAAGUGCAAAGCGCAGCAGUUAUCCGGCUCAACGACAGCCACGUUCGCGGUCUCUGCGGCGGACAACACGCCGCAACAGAACGACACGUCUAUGCCCCAAUUACUGAUCUACUCUCAGAGAAAAUUGGUGGAGGAGGCGACGGUAGGUCAGGUCGUAUCCACGCCACAAUACAUGAUGGCGAAUGUGCACAAUCAGAAAACCGUGCCCGCCAACGUGAUUCAACCGUUCUCUGUAGAGGAUCCGAGUGUAUACAAUUCGAAACAGUUCAAGAACCCGUAUUAUGCUAUUUAUCCGAACAUGUAACGAUGAUCGCUGAUCAUAUCUGAUUGAUUCUUUGAUUGCCUUUGUCCUUUUAAUAUUUAUUCCAUUUUGAUUCAUGCAGUUUUUAGACGCUAAAAGCUAAUUAAACAACUGCCUAGUGUAAUAUAAAAAAAUAGAGCAAGAGAGGAGGAUAACUAAACAAAUGUCAGUAGCUUGGAAAGCUCUAGAAAUUAAUUAAAUAAAGUGCAGUGUUUAAAUUGAUUUAUUUCAGCAUAUUUAGAAGAAGGAGAUUACGUGCAAAUAAUAAUUCAAAAAAAUCUAAUUUGUUAACAAUAAAAAAGAUUAUCUGUUUAUUUAUAUACAAAAAAUUAGAAUCUAAUAUAUAUCAGUUAAAGAAUUAUAUUAAUGAACAUAUUACUGUGAAAAAAUUCGUUAAAGUCUUUGAGCAUUAGCCAUGCAAAUGCAGUUGUAUCUUAUGGAUGACUCAGGUUAUAAAAAUUAGAAGUUUUCGAAAUAACAAUGUACAAAAUAAUAUGAGCAGUUAAAAUUAGGAGAUAAGUUAAGAAUACAUCAGUAAAUAUAUACAUGAAAAGUUUGUAUAAAUAGAUUCAUGGACGUAAGAAAAUUACUGGACCAGCUGUAAAAUGUCUAUUAAGCAUAGAAAGGAGAGGAAAUGUAGUUAAAAAGAGAUAACAAAUCUGUGAUCGGUCACGCACUGAUUCAGCUCUCAAUGUAUUGAGUAAAACACAAUAUGCUUUGGAACAGUUUGGAGUCUCAUGUAAGUAUAGUAAAUUAUCGUAGUACAUUUUAUAUGACAAAAUGCCUACAUGUUGUAUCGUUUUGGGCAUGAAAAUAACAGUUAUAAAAUUACAGUACAAA